AUGGCUGCUGACGGCCACGAGUGCACAGCAGAGGUGGUAGAGGACCCGCAGAAGCCAGGGCAGUCUUGUCCCCUGGCUCGCAGUUUCCGACACUGCGAGGCUCUGCGCGUGCUCAUUGGAGUUAUCAUCGGCCUGCUGGUUGGCCUCCUUCUCUCUUUGGCUGCCAACCUGCCAGCAGAUUCGGAGAUCCUUCAAAUCCUGGCCUUCCCUGGGAAGCUGUGGCUGAAAGCCUUGAAAUGUGUGGUGCUGCCCAUGAUCUUUUGCGGCAUGGUCCAUUCCAUGGUCAUGAUGCGAGAACUUCCAGCCGCGCGCAGUGCCGCCAUCUGGGUUAUCGGGCUCUACACCACCACCACGGUUGUGGCAGCUACGGAGGGCGUUGCCAUCUCUUGGACGCUGCUGCGAACCUCCUUGAAACCUGUGGAGGCGGCCCUAGCGAAGGAGACGGGGCUGGAGAAGAUGUCCAUGCUGGACACAGUUCUGAACAUCUUCGACCAGCUGGUUCCGAAAAAUGUUGUGAAGGACGCGGCACAGAACCACCUCAUCUCGGUCAUUCUCAUGGCAAUCAUCGUCGGCAUCCUCCUUCGUGUGAAGCGCGAUGAUGGCCGCAG